UUUGGUCAGCAUUCAUUCGUGUCCAUAGGUGCAAUUCGGAAGGAAGGAACGGGCACAACCAUUUGCUGCCAACUACCAACGGUGGAACACGGUUAGAACCGUCGGAAGAAGAGCAAAAACAUCUGACGCGGUCUAAAAUUAUUACUGCACGUGACGGGUCAAUCCGCAAAGUUGCAACCCCUCACUCGAGAAGACCCACGGCGGUUCAGAAACAUAUCCAACGGUGCAGAUCAGACCCUCGGCAAGACGAACGACCGAGCGAAACGGAAGAGUGCCAAGGAUCGUCGUCAAUAGAGCCGCACGAGAAUGCGUUCGUUGACCUUUGCGCUAGUACUGCUGACUAGCGGUUCGUUCCACCUGGCGUUCUCGCAACAACUGCCUUAUUAUAUGCACCGUUGCGAGCGCGAUGAUCCAGAGGUGAAUGAAUGUCUGCGAUCCACAGGAAAUAAGCUGGCACGCCACCUGCGGGAGGGUGGCAUUCCGGAAAUCGAAAUUGUUGACGUGGAACCGGUGAUCGUCGAUGAAAUUAGCAUAGCACUUGGUAGUGGCCCCGAUGGGUAUAGGGCUACAUUCAGCAAUAUCGAGGCGUUUGGAGUGAGCAACCUAACCUUUGUAAACGUGCGGUCGGAUAUUGACACGUUGCAAUUCCAAAUGACACUCGAAAUCCCAUUGAUUAAAGCUAGAGCGCGAUACGUGUCCUCCGGAGUGUUGCUGUUGAUCCAAGCCUCCGGUUCCGGACAAUAUUGGGGAGAAUAUGAGGGUGUCAAGGCCAAGGUAUACUUCAAGGCUUCCCCAUACCAAAACGAAGACGGUUUAACCUACCUUACCGUGGAUCAGACCAAAAUGGAUUUCAGUGUGAAGGACAUCAGAAUGGGUGUGGAAAACAUCGCUAAUCAGAAUGCGAUCAUUCAGGCCGCUAUGAACCUGUUUAUCAACACCAACGCCCAGGAGCUGCUGAAGGAGAUGAAACCGCAACUGCGAUCAAAGUUGACCGAGCAUCUUCAGAGCUUUAUGCAACGCCUCUUCGACAGAAUACCGAUGGAGUAUUGGCUCGAGUAGAUAGUAUCGCGAGUAGACGCGAGAGUGCAGGCUGCUGUCAGGUUUUGAAAUUUUAGGCAGUUCGGUACUGAAGGAAAAAAAACACAAAUGGUGCUGCUUAACAUGUUUUAUUUUAUCAUUUUUUUAUUUAUCAUGAAUAAUUUUGCAUUUACGAUCGCAUUCUCCAAUCCAAUGCGUCUAGACCAGCAAGGAGAAUGUUUGGCUAAUUUUGUCGUUCAGUGUCCUCGUUCAGAGUGUAUAAUAGACGUACCGUUGGCUAAUUUGUGAGUGUGAAAAAUAAAUAAGUGAAAAAAAUCA